AUGAAAUAUCAAGAUACUUUAAACUUAUUUGAUAUUUAUUCGGUGUCAGAAGCUUAUCAAAGGGAAUUAUCUUUGGAGAAGCAAUAUGCAAGGAGAGUUUCUCAUGCCAAUUGGAGUACUCACACUCAAGAAGGUGUUAAACCGACUACUUCUACAAUGCCAACUACUCGAGCUAUAACUAUUACCAUUCCAUCUAAAUCCAACACCUCUCAACAAGUCUUUCAAGGUAAAUGUAACAAGUGUGGAGAAGAUGGACAUAAAGCAUAUGAUUGUACGAAGAGUGAUCGCCCGGGGAAGAACUUACUUGUUCAAGGUGAUGAUGAAUGUGAUGCAUAUUUGGAUCUUAUGGAGCUACCAAUAUUUGAUAAAGAACCUGACGAAAAAUUGGAAGAGGAGUUUCUCACCGGUGACCAAGGACCAUGUUUGGUUGUGUUGCGUAACUAUUUUACUCCAAAACUCGAUGAAGGUGAUCGAUGGCUACGCCACAACAUUUUUCAAACCACUUGCACAAUUGGUGGGAAAGUUUGCAAGCUUGUGAUUGAUUCGGGGAGUUGUGAAAAUAUCGUUUCCGAAGAAGUGGUUUGCAAGUUAAAGUUAGAGACAAAAGAACACCCUUCUCCAUAUUCUUUAUCAUGGCUUAACCAAGGGAGCGAGACAAAGUUUGAUAUGAUGUUUUUUAUGAUGGAUGCAUGUCAUUUACUUCUUGGGCGACCUUGGAAAUAUGAUCGGUUUGUGAAUCAUGAUGGGAGAACAAACAACUAUUCGUUCAUGUGGAGGAAUAAGAAGUUGACUCUUGUACCCAGUCGUGAGCUUAUGCCUAAGCCACAAAAUAGUGAUGGUAAAAAUAUACUUACUUAUCACAAGUUCAUAGAAGAGUUGUAUAAUUCAGAGGUUUUCUGUAUACUUCAUGUUAAAGAAUCUCCAUCGUAUGAUUUUGUGCCACCGCUAGUCAAGCCAAUUAUCGAAGAAUUUCAAGAUGUUUUUCCUACCGACUUACCCGAUGUAUUACCACCAUUAAGGGAUGUGCAACACCAAAUUGAUCUAGUAACCAGUUCAAGUACUCCCAACAAAGUCCACUACCGAAUGAGUCCCAAAGAACAUGAAGAAUUACGACGCCAAGUUGAAGAGCUUAUAGCCAAAGGUUUAAUAAGACCGAGCCUUAGCCCUUGUGUGGUACCGGCCUUGUUAGUACCAAAGAAAGAUGGUUUAUGGCGUGUUUGUGUGGAUAGUAGGGACAUCCAUAAAAUCACAUUCAAGUACCGAUUUCCAAUUCCUCGUUUGGAUGACUUACUUGAUCAAUUAAGUGGAGCAUGUGUUUUUAGCAAACUUGAUUUUAAAAACGGGUAUUAUCAAAAUCGUAUCAAGGUGGGGGAUGAAUGGAAGACCACUUUCAAGACUCGAGAUGGUUUGUAUGAAUGGAUGGUUAUGCCAUUUGGGCUCUCAAAUGCUCCAAGUACAUUUAUGUGA